AUGGGGAGUGGGGGCAUGGGGAGUGGGGGCAUGGGUAGAGUGGGCAUGGGGAGUGGGGGCAUGGGGAGUGGGGGCAUGGGGAGUGGGGGCAUGGGGAGUGGGGGCAUGGGGAGUGGGGGCAUGGGGAGUGGGGGCAUGGGGAGUGGGGGCAUGGGUAGAGUGGGCAUGGGGAGUGGGGGCAUGGGGAGUGGGGGCAUGGGUAGAGUGGGCAUGGGGAGUGGGGGCAUGGGGAGUGGGGGCAUGGGGAGUGGGGGCAUGGGGAGUGGGGGCAUGGGGAGUGGGGGCAUGGGGAGUGGGGGCAUGGGUAGAGUGGGCAUGGGGAGUGGGGGCAUGGGGAGUGGGGGCAUGGGGAGUGGGGGCAUGGGGAGUGGGGGCAUGGGGAGUGGGGGCAUGGGUAGUGGGGGCAUGGGUAGUGGGGGCAUGGGUAGUGGGGGCAUGGGUAGUGGGGGCAUGGGGAGUGGGGGCAUGGGGAGUGGGGGCAUGGGGAGUGGGGGCAUGGGGAGUGGGGGCAUGGGGAGUGGGGGCAUGGGGAGUGGGGGCAUGGGGAGUGGGGGCAUGGGGAGUGGGGGCAUGGGUAGUGGGGGCAUGGGGAGUGGGGGCAUGGGGAGUGGGGGCAUGGGGAGUGGGGGCAUGGGGAGUGGGGGCAUGGGGAGUGGGGGCAUGGGGAGUGGGGGCAUGGGUAGAGUGGGCAUGGGGAGUGGGGGCAUGGGGAGUGGGGGCAUGGGUAGUGGGGGCAUGGGUAGUGGGGGCAUGGGGAGUGGGGGCAUGGGGAGUGGGGGCAUGGGGAGAGGCAUGUAA